AUGUCCUCCGACGAUUCGGACCCGGACCUCACCCAAGAGAUCUUCGACGCCUACGGCCGAGUUUUAGUCGAAAAUUACUGCAUCAUCGCAUCCUCGGCCCUCCUCUUCGCGGACACGCUUAUGACAUUAACGAGCGAAGUGCAGCGGAUAUGGCGCAGGAAGUUCACCGGUGCAACCGCCGUCUUCCUCGUUACGCGGUAUGUGGCCGUGGCGGAGAGGAUCGUGUUGUUGGUCAGCGUGUUCCUGCCUACUGUUCAAGACGAGAGCUGUGUCCCCGUUUUACGGUUGGAUGACGCACUCACAGAUAUCAGCUACCUUAUGUUCGGAGUGUUCCUGAUGUUGCGCGCGCGAGGUAUCUGGGGGAAAGGAUGGGUCCCCUUAGCCCUCCUCGCUAUUCUAACGCCCUUAAGACCAAUAUUAAGCAUCUACAAUCAAGUGCAUUAUACUCCAAUCGCAUUUGGUGCGCCGCUCUUCGGAUGCGGGGCGGUCAUUGACAACGCGCUCUACGCACAGUUGGGCAUCGCGUCGCGUGCCGCAGGGCUCGCGCUCGAUGCAACCGUUCUGGUCUUGACUUGGCUGCGAACGCUGGGGAUGCAGCGCGAGUCGCGCCGUUUGGGGCUACACACGCCUUUGGUGACGCUCCUUCUUCGUGACGGGACCCUAUAUUUUCUCAUAAUUCUGGUCAUCCAGAUCUGUGGAAUCGUCUCGGUCUCUGUCGGGAACACCUUUAUUCUUUGGGACGUCUGGCCAUACUUCGAUCAAGUCUUCACCGUUAUCUUCUCCUGCCGAUUCAUGCUCGACCUCCGCGGAGUGUACCUGGCCGAUACGCUCCGCUCACACCCGGACUCCGACGGCGGCGACGACACGCUCGCGCCCGGACACGCCGAGCUCUCGCGUCUGCGCUUCUCCACAAGCGUCGUCGGGAAUAUGGGCGCGCCGCUCGACACGUUCGGCGUCGGCUCUAAGAGCCACGCGCGCUCAUUCAGCGGCAGCAGCUGGGGCGGCCGCAGCGGAUGGAGCCGCGAGACGGACGAGACGGAUGCGGAUACGCUCGAGGAGGAGUCCGAGGACCCGCUCUUUGCGGGUCUGCACCACCCGGUCGAUAUCGAGCUACCGGAUACGCCGUCGACUCCCCUUCCUUGAGGCGACCAUGGCAUCUCUAAGGCUUGCCCUAAAGACAGGGUUCUCGACAUCGAGAACUAGCCUUGGGGACGGAAAGGACCGGCCGUAUCAGCCGGCAUGAACCUGACGCCUCGCGGUAGCGCACCCGCAGGGUCGUGCGUUGGGUGGCCUCAUUGAUUGGACCAAGUUGCGGAAUGAGGAUGUCUUCGUUGUCGCAGAGCCGCUGAAGGUGUAACAUAGGUGAUAUAGUAUGAAGACUCACGAAGACAGCCUACUACAGUCACUCUCUACUCUGCUACCGCUACCCAUGUACAGCAUAGUCAAUUGCUUUCGUUGCUCUCCUUGUCACUCACCGGAAUUCCAACGUCC